GAAGAAACCUAUAAAUACAUGUGCAAGCUGGCCAUUCGCAAAGAAAUUUGAAAUUUUUUAAAAACAGUUGCGGGUGAAAUUAAAAAUACCACAUUUCCCGCUUCCAAACAAUUCCCAACAACAAAUAUCACGGAUUUAGUUUCUUCCAAAGAUUAUUAUGAUUUAAUACUAACAUUGCUCGCAGAAAAGUAAAAUUAAAAUACACGAGUUUGAGGAAAGCGGCCGAUUCAGAAAAAUAGUUUAUUAACAAACAAAAAGCAAUGCAUCCGUGAGGCGGAGUUUCGGCGACGAAGCAGGGGAAGCAGAAGGAGCGACCAAAGAACGGCGAAAGGCGUGCAAGGCAGAAGUAACAGUUGCUGGCACGGCGGAGUGCUCGAGUGUGAGUGCAGAGCAAUAGUAAAAAGCAAAAAUGUGCUUGGCGGACGACAAAAGGAACGGGAUGCGAUUGCGGAUGCAGAAUUAAAAUUAAAUUCACACGAAUUUAUGCGCAACGCGCGUGUUUUCGGCAGAGUCCUGGGUCUUUGGAAAUUUGCAUCGUUGACGAGGCGGAAUAAUGAAUCGAUGACUAUUUACUGCUGAUACGGCCACAUCUGCCAGCUGUCUUUGGGCCUCUCCUCUCACUCACUCGCAUAUCCUGUGGAGCCAAAAAAAGUCAACCGAAAUUCCCCAACAACUAUAACGGCAACGAGGCCCCAGGCUUAACACGGAGUCCAACUCGAACUCAAACCGCAACGAACUCAAACCUGCGCAGCGAGUGGGAGCUUGCGAGAGAGAGCCAAGUUCGCGCAAGGACUCUCUGCGGGCAGAGGGAGUGGGCCGGAACGACGCGGAAGUGGUGACAUCUGUUUUGGCGCUUUGUCAGUUGCGGAUGCUGCCGAACGCCAACACGAAGGCAGACGAGCACACGAACCGAGCACCAACACCAACGAGCAGGAGCGCAACGUGAACAAGUGUGGAAAUUGGAAUUUUUAUUCAAAACAAUGCCCCUGCUGCAACAGUACGACACCACCGAUUGCUCCGGAACUGCCGGCAAUAUGCGAGCCCUAAGCGGUGGAUCCACCACGACGGAGCUGCUGCAAAAGCACUCGAUCAGUUCCUUCCUCGACCAUCACCAGCAGCAGCAACAGCAGCACGAUCUUCUGGGUAGAUGUACCGACGAUGGACUGAUAUCUUUUAUCAACGAUCCAAUCACACUGAACGAUCUGCUUGGCCUCUGUGGCAAUGGUGGCAAUGGAGUCGUCGGAAUUGGCCAAAACCCCUCGACAUCAUCGAUGGGAGGAGGAGGAGGAGGAGCGGCUGCAGCAGGAGCUACUACGGUCGGAACAGCAUCGGGAACAGGAACAGGAGUAGGAUCGGGACUAGGAUCGGGCCAGGGAGGAGCCAACUGCCCCGCGAGCCAAACCCCCGGCAGCUUUGGUGGCAACGGCAGCAGCAGCGGCGUCAACAAUCUGCUGCUCGCCAGCGCUGCUGCCGCUGCCGCUGUCGCCGCGUCUGCCGGUGAUGGCAUCCAACUUUCCCCAAACGCGGCGGUCUAUGCUCCCCUCACGCCCAGUUCCACUCAGUCCUCGGCAUCGCCGGGCACCAAGUCGUCCAGUUUCGACUACUUCCAGUUUGAAAAUGUUGCACAAAGUAACCCACUUAAGGCUUUCCAAAGAACAAACAUCAGCUUCGAUUGCUCUGCACCUUUAUCGCCAAGUACGCCUACAUCUAUUUACAAUCGCUCCUUUCACAGUUCACCUUUAGUCAGUGACAGCAGCAACUCCUCUAACGGCAAUGGCCUCUCCAUGGACUCUAUCAACAUGCUCUACCAGCAUCAGCAGCAGCAGCAGCAACAACAGCAGCAGCAGCAGCAACAACAACAACAGCAGCCGCAUCAGGGAUACACCAGCUUGGGCCAGUCCACGGGCAGUGGCUUGGGACUGAGCCUGGCAAAUGCCUCUACGCGCUCCAACUCGCCGGAGAGCCAGAACAGCAGUCAGUCGAUUAGCGAAACCAACCUACUGGACAUGAUUAACUUGCUGUCGGUUAAUAGCAACAAAUUGGCCUCAAUGCAGCAACAACAGCACCAUCAGCAACAGCAACACCAACACCAGCUGCAGCAGCAAUACGCUAACAUGAGCAGGAACUACGAGCAGCAGAUGACCAACAAUGCAGGUCAACAGCAGCAGCAGCAGCACGGUUUUGAGCUGAAUGGCAUUGGCACUGUCGGCGGGGGCAACGAGAACUGCCUCGGUCAGUGCAGCCUAGACAACUUUGCCAGCGUGGAUAUGGAACUAGCGAAAUUGCAGAACUUGCAGCGUAUCAACACACUGAAGCUGCUGCAAGCGCAAACGCAGCAGAUGCCGCUGCUCAACCAAUUGCUGCAGAGCUAUGCUGGUAACACCAUAGGCAGCGUGACUGGAAAUAGCCUUAACAGCCUUAUAGGUAUGGGAGGAUCGACCAACGGAAUAACCAUGUCGGAUAUGACAGGUGGUGGCACCGGCACUGGAGCCACCAACGAUGGUCAUCUGGAUCGCGUGGCAAAGUUUCACAGGAGCUCGGCGGCUCUAUGUGACGCCACAUGUACCUGGAGCGGACAGCUGCCGCCGCGCUCGCACCGCAUGCUCAACUAUUCGCCCAAAGUCUUCCUCGGAGGCAUUCCCUGGGACAUCAGUGAGCAAUCGCUCAUACAGAUAUUUAAGCCCUUUGGCUCCAUCAAAGUGGAGUGGCCCGGAAAGGAACAGCAGGCUGCGCAGCCCAAGGGCUAUGUGUACAUAAUCUUUGAGUCCGACAAGCAGGUCAAGGCCCUACUCUCUGCCUGUGUGGUCCAGGUGGAUGACUCGCAUAGCGGCAGCAACUAUUUUUUCAAGAUCUCCUCGCGUCGCAUCAAGUCUAAGGACGUGGAAGUCAUUCCAUGGAUAAUUGCCGACUCCAACUUUGUGCGCUCAAGUUCCCAGAAGCUAGAUCCUACUAAGACAGUAUUCGUUGGCGCCCUUCAUGGCAAGUUAACGGCCGAGGGGCUGGGCAAGAUCAUGGAUGAUCUGUUCGAUGGUGUGUUGUAUGCUGGCAUAGACACGGACAAGUACAAGUACCCGAUAGGAUCGGGACGCGUGACCUUUAGUAACUUUCGCUCCUACAUGAAAGCCGUCUCGGCCGCAUUUAUAGAGAUUCGAACCACAAAGUUUACCAAAAAGGUGCAGGUAGAUCCGUAUUUGGAGGAUGCUUUGUGCUCAAUUUGCGGAGUUCAACACGGUCCCUACUAUUGUCGAGAGUUGUCUUGUUUCCGAUAUUUCUGCCGCAGUUGCUGGCAAUGGCAGCACAGCUGUGACAUCGUCAAAAACCAUAAGCCCCUGACACGCAAUUCCAAGUCCCAGAGCCUUGUUGGCAUCGGUCCAUCCUCGUCGACUGUUUCGCUGGCCUCAUCCAGCCACAGUAUGAGCGGCGAAAACAAGAUGCCGCAUCACCAGCAACAUCAGAUCCACCAACAGAAGCACCAUCAUAUCCAGCAGCAAUCGCAACAGUCUCACAAUCUCAACUUGAUGAGUAAUCCCGGAUCCGGCAAUGCUGCAGCAAUGUACAACUUCCAGCAGCAUCAGCAACAGCAACAGCGGCAAAAGCAGCACAAUCAUCCGGCGAUCUAGACAGCUUAAGCAUUUAUCCGCACCGUUUUACGGAUUUUCCGCUUGUGCGUAUAAUGCGGAAUUUUGGACUUUUAGUGGCAGAGUUUUUCCAGGAGCCGAUGGAGACCCGGGCUCGACAUCAUCUUCAUCAUCAUUAUUGUGAACACAGUUUUAUUGAUGUGUGUAUAUUAGAUCGGUAGGAUAUGAUGAAGCUUA